UGAAAACUGAUUCUGAUUCUGCUUCUACUUUUAAAAAAAAAGAAGUUCCAAACACCCCCGAAAUCGUCGUUCUGCGACUUCCUCACUAAGCUUUCGUCUGCCCUACGCACUUCCGGAGGUCCCCUCCGCCUCCCGCUGCAGGCGCCAAUACAUAGAAGAUCCCGACUCAGGCACUUGAAGAGUUGGCUAGUUUCGUCUUCUGCCUUUAAGGCAGCGACUCUGGCUUUGCAGAAUUGAGAUUCCUUUUAAUUUGGUGAGCUUGAGAAGUUCUUAUUGACUGAAGCUACUGAUUUUGUAAUCCAUAUCCGUUGCUAGCUUUCCAGUAAAACUUCAAAAGUUUAGAUUUUACAGAUGGACAGAUUGAAUCUGAUUUACCUUUCACAACAAUAGUAUCUAAGAUUGAUCUUUUGAGGUGGAAUUUCAUCCAACUCCUAGAUGAAAUUAUCUAUUGUGGUGGAGUUUCAUCCAACUCCCAGAUGAAGGGAAAAAACUUUCUUUCUUUCUGAAUAUCAAUAUAUCAUUUUGAUAUGUUGUUAAUAUGUAAGCGUUAUAUGCAGUCCUCGUGCUUAAAUGUAACAACCAUGUGUCACUCUCCGUUAAUACCAAAUUAUCCAAUUACAUGUUCCUCCUUAAUCUCCAAAUGUUUCAGUUUAUUUAUCCAUUCCCGUUCCAAUGGUAUAUUCCGCUUUCAUAUUCAAUCACACAAUUCGACAAAAUCCAUGUCACUUUUGGAAAAAGAACGUUUAAAUGUAUCUAGGCAAAAACUUAUGAUGGUUUCUUUCUAUUCUUCUACUGCAAUCCGACACCUGAGGGGUUCCCCAACAAGGUCACUGAGAAGAAGAAUGCGGAAAAGAGCUCUGGCUGCCUCAAAACCUGUUCUUGAUGAAUCUCGUGUUCAAAGGGCAAUCUCACAACUCCCACCUCGCUUCACCCCUGAAGAUCUUUACAGUAUCAUUAGUGUAGAGGAAGACCCAUUGGUGUGUUUGGAACUGUUCAACUGGGCGUCAACUCAGCACAGGUUCAGACAUGAUGUCAUCACCUUUCACGUAACCAUACAAAAGCUUGGUGCGGCCAAAAUGUAUAAGGAGAUGGAUGACAUUGUUAAUCAAGUUCUUGCUCUUCCCUCAAUUGGUUCUGAGGCACUUUUUAAUACUAUGAUACAUUACUUCAUAGAGGCUAGGAAGUUGAUUAGGGCCGUUAAUAUAUUCAAGCAUAUGCAGAAUAGUAAGAAAUUGGAUUGCAGGCCGUCGAUCAGGACUUAUAAUAUUCUUUUUGCUGCCCUGUUGAGUAGGGGAAGGAAUUCUUAUAUAAAUCACAUGUAUAUGGAGACUGCUCGUAGCCUAUUUAAACAGAUGAUCAAUGAUAUGAUUGAACCAGACGUAUUUGCUUUAAAUUCUAUGAUAAAGGGAUACGUUCUUUCACUCCACGUAAAUGAUGCUCUUAGGAUAUUUCACCAGAUGGGUGUUGUCUAUAAGUGUCAUCCAAAUUCUUUUUCUUAUGAUUAUCUGAUCCAUGGAUUGUGUGCACAAGGGAGGACAAAGAAUGCCAAGGAGCUAUGUGAUGAGAUGAAAAAGAAAGGGUUCUCCCCAAGUAGCAAAUCGUACAACUCUCUGGUGAAUGCUCUAGCCUUGGGUGGAGAGGUGGAAAGUGCGGUGAUGUUUUUGCGGGAGAUGAAUGAAAACAAACGAUCAGUUGAUUUCAUUACCUACAGGACGGUGGUUGAUGAAGUCUGCAGGAAACAUUGUCUACAUGAUGCUAUGGAUUUUUUGAAGGAUCUGCGUGAGAAGGACCUCAUUGAUGCUCAUUCUUAUAAAAGGUUAUUUCAGGAACUUGAAGAAAAUCAAGAUUAGGGCUGAUAGCCUUCACCCGGUAAUGUUUAUGUUUCUGCUUUUGUAAGCCAUGUUUUAAAGAAUCUGGUAACAUUUUAUCAAUAUUAUGAAUUAUGAUACGGAGUAAUAAUUUAUGUAGCUACUAGAUACUACAGGAGUUAAUGGGCAAAUUAUCAUUCGUACUAAAAUCAAUUUUGUAAACCAUCUGCCUCAUCAUUAACAACAAAUUUGCAGACAUCAUUUUGUAAACCAUCUGCCUCAUCAUUAAUAACAAAUUUUGCAGACAUCACUUGCUUCAGGUAUCACACACUUCCUGUCUUUUAUUUGGGUGCUCCUUUAUAUCCAGCAGAUUGUAGAGAUCAAUGUAGCAGUUUAUUUACGUAAAUUUAUUUCAGCUGGUGGUAAGUUGACUUUAAACAAUUUUUUUGAAUCUUUUUAAAUCCACGAUACACAAUCCACCUAAAGGUUCCGAGUGAAAUUAAUAUGAAAGCUUUUGUGUCAGAAUUAGUUAAGCCUUAGCUUUUUUCACUUCAUUAUUAUAAAGUAGAUUUUAUAUACUCCCUCCAUUUCACAAUCAAAGUCACAGUUUGACUUCACUGUGAGAACACUGUUUGACACUGUUUUGACACUGUUUGACACUGUUUUGAUGCAUAUUUCUUUGCCAAAUAAGGAAAUAACUAAAUAAGGGAAGUGUGACUUUGUUUUUGAAACAUCCAAAAAAGGAAAGUGUGACUUUGAUUGCGAAACGGAGGGAGUAGAACUUUUUUUCAUAUUUAAGCAAAUUUAGCCAAUUCACCGACAACUUCAGCGAUUUCCGCAAAGUUAACUAAGUUAGCAAUUCAGCUAAGAAGUAUUCAAUUUUACUCUUCAUUAUUAACCAAUUCCAUGUGUGAAAUCAGAAUAUUAGUGUGUGGUAAAAACGGUUGUUAAGCCAAAAAACAAAGUUACCAUUUAGGAACACUAAGUUAGCUUUCUUGUUUUGUGGUUAAUUGUAGCUGCUAUAACAUGCUUUUGAAUAAAUUUUAAAUUUUUAAUGGAAUGAACAUAUUUCAAUUAUCAAAUGGUUUCAUUAAAUUGAUGAUUGAUAUGCUCAAAUCCUACUAGACUUAUCAUAUAAUUUGAGGAGUACUGUUUUGUAUUCCUAUAUUUCAAUGCUCUAUUCAACAGUGCACUUUAUGCCCUGGGAAAGAUCUAUUUUAGUUCUACGAUUCGUGCCUUGACUGGUUUGUGUAAAGAGAUUUCAAAAGCUCCCAGGAGAGAAUUUGUUUUGGGAGAAGUUUUAUUGCUCUGGUGUCUUUGUGCUUUCAAAUGGUAUGAAAAAAAAGCUUGCCCACACAUACAUUUAUGACUGUUCUGUGUAAGUUUGGACCGGAGUUUGAAGGUGUGACAUGACUGCAAAUCCAUUUUCAGCAUUUGAGCCCGCUUUUGCGUAACAUUUUAUCUCCUGGAGCGGCAGUAUCCAGCUUUUGGAUUGCUGGAGCAAUGGAACUUGGUCCUUUUGAUGAAAGUCUGGACUUCAGGUGUGAAGGCUUUCCUUGAAUACUUGGCAAAUUCCAACUCUCACUCAUUAGAAUAUACAAAUGUUCAAAUAGGGGAAUGGUUCGCACUACAAAUUUGAAAUGGAGAAACAAACUCCAACUCUCACUCUCAUUAAGAGGUUUGUAUUUUGGGAUACUAUAACUCCACCAAGAUGAUUCAAGGAUAUGGACUAACAACAUUAUGUUUGAAAAGAGCAGUGAGCUUUAUCACCUCAUGAUUUUUUUCAUCCGUCCAAAUCAUCUUCAUGGUGUAUAUGAAUACACAACCCAAAUGUAUAUGAAUCAACAGCUCAAGAAUCAUCACCUUUGGGACAUAUCGUAUUCGUGUAGCUAAAACAGGCA